UUCACCUAAUCCAGCACCAGUCACUGGUCAAAGCUGGGAUGAUCUGAAUUUCUGAACACAAGGAUUCACCUAAUACAGUACCAGAAUACCAGACACUUGACUGAGAUUCUAACCUAAACACCACAGUUCACGUAAUUGCAGUACUAGAUUAUAAAUUAUCAGAACCUUGUCUGAAACUCUGAACCACUCCAACUAGCAAACACACUAGCUUCAUCACCACCGGCACCGCCGGACCGCCAUGAGCUCCCGCGUCCGCGUUCUCAGCGUCACCCAUGUCCGUCCCGCCGAAACACCCAACCCGCCGCCGCACGACGCCGACCACUCCAUCAAGCUCUCGCUCUUCGACACCUUGUUCAUCGCCCUGACGCCAAUCCGGCGCCUCUUCUUCUACGAGGGCGACGACCUCCCUCCCUUCCCUGCCCUGGUCCGCACGCUGCGGUCCUCCCUCGCCGCAACGCUCGCUGUCUUCACCCCGCUCGCCGGCAGGGUCGCGGUCUCCCCGUCGGGGGAGGACGUCGCCAUCGACUGCUCCCCGGGUACCGUCUCCCGGGGCGUCAGGUUCGUCGAGGCCGAGUAUGCCGGCACCGCCGACGACGUGCGCCGCAUGGCCGGUGCCGCGGAGCACGACGCCGAGGCGUACGCGCAGCUCGCGCCGGCGCUCGAGGUCAGCGCUCUCCCUGCCCCCGCGCUCGCCGUUCAGGUCACGAGGCCCGCCGCGGAUGUCUCGGGCGGCGACGGCGGCGGGGUCGGAGCCUUGGUGGUCGGGGUGUCCGUGAACCAUGUCGUGGCCGAUGGCCGGGCGGUGUGGGAGUUCAUCCGGGCGUGGGCCGCCGCGGCGCGCGGCGGCUCGACGGCCGGAACGGGGUUCGUGCCGCCGACGUUCGACCGCGCGGCGAUCAACGGCUGCCACCCGAAAGCGGAGGAGGUGGCGCGCAAGUUCCUGCGCACCUUGGCGCCGGCAUUGCCGACGCAAGAUCCGGAUCAGCGCCAGGCCAGAAGAACUUACCUGCUCAGCGCCAGCCAGAUCCGCUCGCUGAAGCACCGCAUUUCCCUGCACAACAAGGGCGCCGCCGCCGCCACCGCACCGGCGUCCGCCGCGAAUCCCCCUACGACCAGCACCUACGCCGCCGUCGCGUCCCUGGUCUGGACGUCGGCCGUCCGCGCCAAGAACGCCCUCAACCACGCCGGCGACGACGCCUACCUCAUGUUCGCCGCGGACUGCCGCGCGCGUCUGCACCCGCCGCUCCCCGGCGCGUUCUUCGGCAACUGCGCCAAGGCGUGCUACGCGAGGGCCACGGUGGGCGGGCUCCGCGACGGCGGCGGCGAGGCCCUCGCGCGCGCGGCAGCGGCGGUGCGGGAGGCGGUCCGGGAGCAGCUGGCGGACCCGGUGGCCGACGCCGGGCAGUGGCUAGAGCGCCAUCGGGCGCUCCCGCCGGACAGGACCGUGCAGGUCGGGGCGUCGGACAGGUUCGCCGCGUACGAGACGGACUUCGGGUGGGGCAGGCCGGCGAGGGUGGAGCUCGCGUCGGUAUUUGUGAAGGAGUUCGUGGCGGUGGUCGGUGCGCCAGAUGGCGCGGUGCAGGUGUCCGUGGCGCUCGAUCGGGACCGCAUGGACGGCUUCGAGGCCAACUUCUUGUCGCAGUUGCAGUUGCAGUUGCAGGCUUCGUCAUGACUCUGUGCUAGUAUCACUGUCUUUCUACGUGAUUGCACCGUAUUUGACAAAUAAGCGUUCCAACGUUUGUCUUUUUUUCAUUACAAAUCCCGACGCCUUCCUCUUCUCCACUUUUCUUCACAUGGUUGGCAGUGUGCUGAGGUCCAUGUUUGUAACAAAGAAAUACAAAACAUAGGCAAAA